AUGACGUAUGUCCAAGGUUCCGACGGGCGCAAGCUUAAGGGCCGAGCAUUGCUAGACACGUGUGCCACGGCUAAUUUUAUUACCGAAACUUUCGUCAAACGUUUAGGCGUACCGAUAAUUAAACAUUCCGCCACAAUCGGUGCGAUUGAUAAUGCCAGCACCGUGUCGAGAGGCAUAGCACAAAUUAUCAUCCAUUCGAUAUACGAUGAAUAUAGUAAAUCGUUGACCUGCUUAAUAGUACCUACGAUUGCGGAUAUGAUACCCGCCGAAACGUUUUCGCGCGACUCAUUUAGAAUUCCGCAAAAUAUCAGGCUAGCCGAUCCAGAGUUUCACAUUCCACGGGGAAUUGAUUUGUUAGUCGGAUCCGGAACAACGCUAUCGUUAUUUUCCGUCGGACAAAUUAAUUUAUCAAACAAACAUCACGAUCUAUAUCUACAAAAGACGCGACUCGGCUGGAUAGUCGCUGGAAAUCCGUCCGCGCUGAACUCUUCGAAAUUCCCGACAUGUCACUUAACGAGCUUAGAACGGCAAUUAACCAAAUUUUGGGAAAUCGAGGAGAUAACGACGGACAAACCGAUGUCGGAACAAGACGCGCGAUGCGAAGCGUAUUUUUCAGAGACCGUAUCUCGCGAUAACAACGGGCGUUACGUGGUACGAUUGCCAUUUCGCAAGGAUAACGUGCGUCUGGGCGAUUCACGGGCCCUUGCUCUUAAACGAUUGUUAUCCCUAGAACGAAGAUUCAAUAUAAACGAAUCAUUUAAAACCGGAUAUGUUAGGGCAAUCGAGGAAAAUAUGGCGCUAGGAUACAUAUCUCGAGUAGAAAAUCCCGGCAGCGACGGCUAUUACAUGCCUCACCACGCGGUGGUAAAGGAAACCAGUACUACCACUAAAAUUAGAAUCAUGUUCGACGCAUCCGCAAAAACCAGCGAAGGAAUAUCAUUGAAUUCCUUGCUGAUAACAGGGCCUACUAUUCAAGACAAGCUAUUCGUGCAUUUGAUUCGUUUCCGUACUUAUAAUUACGUUCUUACAGCCGACAUUGAAAAAAUGUAUUGUCAGGUGCAGUUACACGAAAACGACCGACGCUAUCAAAGAAUACUAUGGCGCGUAAACGAAGAGAUCGAGACCUUUCAAUUUAAUACUCUUGCUUUCGGUGUCGCCUCAUCCCCCUUCUUAGCAAUACGCGCGAUUCACCAAUUAGCAGAUGACGAACAUCAUGUCUAUCCUCGAGCUGCGGCAAUUCUCAAGCGGCAUUUAUACGUAGACGAUCUGUUGACAGGCGCAGAAACUAUCGAACAAGCGCAAAUGAUUAAAGUGAUCGCGUUAUUGAACCGCGGCGGAUUCGUCAUAAGACAAUGGGCGUCUAACGACGAACGAGUCGUUAAUGAUCUGACUACUAAUGCACUGCACGCGAAUUUCAUAUUGAAUAUCGAUCGUUCCUUAAAAACGUUAGGAAUAACGUGGAAGGCGCGCGAGGACAAGAUAUGCUAUUCGGCACACUCCAUUGAAAUACCGGGAAGACUAACGAAACGGAACAUUCUAUCGAAAAUCGCGAAAAUAUUUGACCCAAUGGGCUUGCUGGGCCCCGUGGUCUUAUACGCGAAGAAACUAAUGCAGGAAGUGUGGAAAUGUAAGCUUCAGUGGGACGAAUCCGUCCCGCAGGAUUUACACACCGCAUGGACGGAAUUCGCUCAACAGCUGGCGUCGAUAAAUCAAGUUUCCGUCGAUCGCAGGUUAUUCGCGGAGGGUUACCGUGAUAUUCAGAUACACGGAUUUUGCGAUGCCAGCAAUGUCGGUUACGGGGCCUGUCUUUACGCACGAUCGACAGGGGAAAGCGGAGAAACGACGAUUAAAUUAAUUUGUGCAAAAUCGCGAGUAGCACCGUUAAAAACUAUAACGAUCCCUCGACUAGAGCUGGGUGGCGCAUUGUUACUCGCACGAUUGUAUAUCGAAGCGAGUGGUGCGCUGAGCAUCAUACCUAGUAGAGUCAUAUUUUGGUGUGAUUCAACAAUCGUAUUACACUGGUUGAAAACGUCACCUCACUUAUUAAAACCCUACGUAGCAAAUCGAGUCGCGGAAAUCCAAGAAAUUACCGGUCCGUGCGAAUGGCGGCACGUAGGAUCGCAAGACAAUCCCGCCGACGCAAUCUCUAGAGGGCAAUUACCUCACUGCUUUUUGCAAAAUAAAAUGUGGUUCGAAGGACCUUCGUGGCUGAAUCGAGAAGAAGGAGAAUGGCCGUAUUUAGUGACGCAAUCCAUAGAGGUACCUGAGUUAAAGCGAAGCGCAUGUAUGAUAAUUAAGCACAAUGAUUUUGAAAUAUUACUGAAAUACGCGUCAUACUCUAAAUUGCUUCGCGUCAUAGCUUACUGUUAUCGAUGGCGGCCCGGUAAUAGACACAUUGGCACACUAAAGACAACAGAAUUAAACGAGGCUGAGACGCGAGUUUUGAGGCUUCUUCAAUCCACGCAAUUUUCAAACGAAAUUAAACUGCUUAGAGAAAAUAAGCAAUUGCCAAGCAACAGCAAAAUUGUCAAUUUGAAUCCUUUUUUAGAUAAUGACGGGCUAAUCCGAGUAGGAGGGCGGUUACGAUUGUCACAUUUAACAUUCCCACAAAAACAUCCAGUUUUAUUGCCUAGUCGACACAAUUUAGUUGAUAGCAUUAUUCGAGAAAUCCACACGAGACAACAUCAUACGGGAAUUCAGACUACGCUAUAUAACCUUAGACAAAAAUUCUGGCUGCUUGACGGUAAAAACCAAGUGCGAAAGGUCGUGCGGGCAUGCACGCGUUGCUUCCGUUUCCGUGCUAGUACAACCGAAUAUAAAAUGGGAAAUCUCCCCACGGUGCGCGUGCGUGAGGCAACACCUUUCGCGAACACGGGCAUAGAUUUCUGCGGUCCUUUCUUCAUUAAGGAAAGGAAACAUCGCAAUAGAACGAAACUUAAGGUAUACGUGUGCGUAUUUAUAUGCAUGACAAUUAAAGCUGUUCAUCUCGAGCUCGUGAGCGAUUUGUCCUCCGAUGGAUUUCUCGCGGCAUUAAGAAGAUUUAUAGCAAGACGAGGGAUGCCGGAACAUCUUUAUUCCGAUAAUGGAACCAAUUUCGUCGGAGCUAACAAUCAAUUGAAAGAAAUGUACGCGCUUUUUAAUUCCGAACCUCAUCAAACUCUCGUAAAUCAGUUCGCAAGCCAGCAUCGUAUAGUUUGGCAUUUUAUACCGCCCGCCGCGCCACAUUUUGGCGGAUUGUGGGAGUCGACGGUGAAGCUCUUCAAGCAUCACGUCAAACGCGUUGUAGGGGACUCUUUGUUCACCUUUGAAGAGUUAAAUACAUUUAUAACCGAAGUCGAGGGCAUUCUCAACUCUAGGCCAAUUACGACACUUUCUUCUGAUCCGAAUGACCUUUCGGCAUUGACGCCGGCUCACUAUCUUCUCGGCAAGCCAUUAACAGCACUUCCAGAGGGUAACGUUAGCUCUAUUCCAGUAAAUCGAUUGUCUGCAUGGCAACACAUUGCAAAGGUCCGACAAGAUUUUUGGGCCCGUUGGCAUCUGGAAUAUCUUAACGAGCUUCAAAAACGCAGUAAAUGGUUCAAAAACGGACCAAAACUUGAGGCCGGAACAAUUGUACUUAUAAAAAAUAAAGGACUGCCGUGCACACAAUGGGCGCUAGGCAAAAUCACAGCCUUGCAUCCUGGUGACGAUGGAGUCGCACGGGUCGCCACCAUAAAAACGGCAAAUGGAGAAUUAAAACGCUCCACUAGACUGCUCUGCCCAUUGCCAGUCGAAUAA